AUGCAACAUUUAGCAGUUGCCAGGCGUGUCACGGUCGUCUGGGUUCCUGGGCAUCGUGGCUUUCCAGGGAACAAACGAGCCGACUAUGCUGCUCAGAACGCUGCCGAUGAUGCAGUCAGAUUGACAGCAGACCACCGCGAGGAGGCUGUAAUCCAGCCGGCUGUUCACAGGAAGGCAAUCGUGGAUGCAGGCCUGAAAUCAGGCAUGGAAAUCACGACUCUUAAGCAAAUGGAUACAAUCACGAAUCUCAAAAUUGUAAAUCGUGAAUACGCUACGAGUCGGCGACACCCUCGAGCUGUAGAAGCAUCUCCGGCGGGGCGGUCCUCACCCUGGCACAAACCAGAUCCGGCCACGUAG